GGGCAAAGGAGGGAAAAAUAAAAGAAAGAAAGAAAAAAAAAGAACAGCCCAGCGUGGUGGCUUCCAUCGCGCUCCAGCAACCCGCCCCGAGCUGACGCGCGAUGGUGAGAUUGGAUUUCCGCCCCUCAUCGCCGCCCUGUUCACCGGCGAUCGUCUCCCUGCGUCUGGAGGAGGCUAUAGGGAUCCCACCCUCUGCUCUGGGGCGGUAUGGCGUCUGUGUCUCUGCUCGUUGGACCUUGCCCCAAGGUACUCUUAUCGCUGUUCCGGCGUCGAGCGCAAUGGCGCUGUUCCGUGCCGUUGAGCGCCACCAUCUCGUCGCCAAGGUACGUACGAAGACAUGCUAGCGCGUUCCCCUUCUUGUCGCGCUUGGGAUAGAGAAAGCGCCGUUAUUUGCUUGAGCGCUUUGGCGACGUUUUGCUGCUCACGCAGUACAGGUGCUUGUCGUAAUGCUUGUGCAGUAUGUGCUGUGGGCGUUUCGCCUAGAGGAGUCCGCGAACUGGAUGAUCAGUAGGAUAGUAGGAUGAACUGAACAACCAGUAAUGGCACCACGUUUGCAGCUUUAAAAAUGUAGCAAGUUUGCAACAGUUGAAUUGGAGAAACUUGGUGCAUAUGGCCGUCAGAAGGGGAUGAUGUAGAUACCACCUUAAGGUUUCCAGGCUUGAGUUUGUAUUCUCCUUUGAAAUACAGCAGCCGUUCUAAAUUCUAACAUCCUACCUGUAUCUUGAUCUUUAGAAAGCUGGUGAUUUGUUGUCCUUUAUAGACUCUUUGUUCUGGUUCAGGCUUCUUGAGAAGCUGUGCAGUGUCUGUUGAUUUGCAUUGGCACUGUAUGGUAUUUCUGAUGAGAGGAUACCAAGUUAGAAGUUACCAACUCGUGUAGCUGAAAACAGAAAAACCAUGCAGUCACCAGUUACAUGAAAGCAAUGUACACUUGGGGUCUUGGGCACUGCAAAUUCAGCCUAUUUUGUUGGUCAUUUAUCAGUAUGCUUAUUAGUUGUAAGUUUUGUGAAUGAAUUUACUGAUUUAUUUCAUUUUCUGGUAAUUUUGAAAGAAAAUUAGUAAUUAAUCAUACAAGUUAAAGUCCUUAAUCAGCAUGGUAGACACUUCUAUGAAUUUCUAAUACUUUGCAUGAAGAUUACAGCGCUUAUGAUUUUUACAGCAAACGCAUAAAUAAAACUCCAAAUGAUGAUGAUGAUCCUAUUAUAUUGUUGUCCUUUAAGUUGAUAAUGGUGAUUAGUAUAAAUUUUCACUCCUGAUGAGUAUACUUUGCAACUUGUUGGAAGGAGUUUGGUAGCUUUUACUUUAUGCUUUCUUGUGAUUUCAUAUGUGGUGUCAUACGUGUCAGUACCUGCAGGUAACUUCUUGCAUAAUCAUUUUCUCUAAAGCAAUUGCACAAUAUUUUUUUGUUUGGAAACAGCUGGCACUAAGAGAAUAGGCCACUGAAUGCUAUUUUGCUUCGUGGACCAGUAGGAAAGCAAUGUGCCAAUUAUUCAAUUUGUUGAUUUGGUCUUCAAACAGUUGAUUCAACCGCACAGGAUUUCAACUCCUUGACUGUUUCACUCGUUUCUCCUCAGGUCUAGCGACUUCGACAUGAGCUAUAAUUUUUUAAAUACACUAGGAAGGUUUGGUGUACCCGCUUGCUUGUUAGUAUUUGGAUAACAUUUCAGGAAAACAAAGAUAUGCUGACCAAGUACAGAGGCUGGUUCCUCUGUAUUGCUAAAUCUGAAAGAUGAGGAGCUGCAUCAACUCGGGAGAACUUGGUUGAAUCGAAAUUGUUUGUGCAGAGUUUUGGGCUCCCAUAUCGUAGCUUAUGUGAGUGAACUGCAAGUUUGAUGAAACUUUUGCCAUAGUCCAGCCAACUUGCAUGGCUGCAAUGUUCCGAGUUUGUCGCUGGUAUGGAAGCAGGUUAUCUGAAGAGAACUGCUGCUUCUUAACUGAAGCGAUGAGGUCCUUACUAAUUUAGGUUUUUAUCCACUGUUCCUGAUCAAACAUGGAUUAUGUGAUAUUGGUAUAGUGGGGUUGGUAACUGCGAGUAAUCAUGUCUGACUUCUUCGAGUUAAAUGAAUGCAGCAUUUGUGGACUUUCAGUCAGCAAGUUGCUGCUCAUAUGGCUCUCCACCGCCAAAUGUGAACUCGACGACAGUAGGGAGACUCCAGUGCGGCAAUUUUAUCAAAUACCAAACAAUCAGUUAGAUUUUAUUGAACAAGUUGUUCUGAACAUGGCGCGGAGCUUUGUUGGGACUAUACUAGUAGAAGGUGAAAACAUUUUGGGCUGUAACUGAAAUGCAAGUAUCCAAAUAAAGAGAGCAGAAUCCUGUGAUCCUGUCAUGUUCCAACCAUCAGAGCCUAAUCUAGCUUUUGCUGAUUUGGAAUUUACAUGAAGAGGUGUGAACUUUUGAGACUUUGUAAUGAACUAAUGUCUCCAAUUGAGGAAAUUACAACUCAGAACUGACUAGACAAAAAGGUGAAGGAACCUAUGGUUGAUGGUCAGAACUCAGAUCUGAAGGCAUGAAAGGAGAAUGUCAACAAAUGAUGCAUCAGUGGAUUCCAAGGCAAGUACCAUGUCAUUCCAACUUCCAAACGUCCAAUCUCCUGUCUCUGCCAUUCAUGAAGUAAGGUUCCAACUUGGAAGACUACCAAGUUCAUUCAGCGUUCAGACUCUUCAGGUUCAGGGCUGGAUGUGACAUGGUUUGGUAAAGGCCUGGGAUCUAAGAAGGGAAGACUGGACAAAUUUAAUAAAUGAUAAAUAGACAAAACUGACAAAAUGAUCAGAUGCGAGCAUGUCAUGCUCCAAAGUCAGUCAAUAUACAUGCCAAUCGUUCAAUUUUCUUUUGAAAGUGAUGCUGUUUGGUUGGUUGGUAGUUCAGCUGAUACUAAGCCAAGCUGAUGCAGGUCAGAAUUGUGGCAUAUGAAAUGGCUUCUCUGAACUAGUGAUGUGUUCUCCUAAGUUCAGAACGUGCUCAAAUGAAAGGUUUGAUUUUCUUACGCACUAUAUUUAUUGACAAAGUAUUCAUCGUUCUUUGAGGAAGUGCAUAUCUGAUACUACUUUAUAGCAUGGACAAAAUAUAAGAGUACGAUAAUGUUGUUGUGGCUGUUUUGUUCCCUUGUAAGAAGCUCCUUGUCCUGGCUACCGGAGUGUGUUUGUCAACCCCUACAACCAUCCAUGACAUCAGUCAACGACUCAAUGUUCCAACCUACCAAACUCUAGUCCAAGAAUAAAAAAAAGCUCAGUUCAAAUAAACGCGCGAAGGCUUCGCAAUGGCAUAGCAGCCCGUGCAAAGCAAGCGACAGGGACCAAGGAGCAGUAGCCUGUCCAAGUGGCAGCAUCGUCGUGGGGCCCAAAAAUCCAGCCUCAGCGUUUUCCGGUGAUGCACGCGUACCCAGUCCUGGAGGAGUGCCUCUCGUUGUCUUCUUCACCGUCGUCCUUUAUAAAGGGGGGAAGGUGGCCAUGGCGUCUCCAGCGAGAAGCUGGGCUCUUGCUUGCCUGGUACUUCCUACAUCAAGCUAAGCUACUUCCUCGCUUGCAAUUGUUCGCUAGCUCUUGUAGCUGCCUUUUCUUUGCGAGAGUUUGUUACAACCAACAACUAACUGAUCAAUGGGGAGGCAACCGUGCUGCGACAAGGUGGGGUUGAAGAAGGGGCCGUGGACGGCGGAGGAGGACCAGAAGCUCGUCAGCUUCCUCCUUAACAACGGCCUGUUCUGCUGGCGUGCCGUGCCAAAGCUCGCCGGAUUGCUGCGUUGUGGGAAAAGCUGCCGGCUGCGGUGGACCAACUACCUGCGGCCGGACCUGAAGCGCGGGAUGCUAUCGGAGGAGGAGGAGGAGACGGUGAUCGACCUGCACGCGGAGCUGGGCAACCGGUGGUCCAAGAUCGCGUCACACCUGCCGGGGAGGACGGACAACGAGAUCAAGAACCACUGGAACACCCACAUCAAGAAGCUCAGGAAGAUGGGCAUCGACCCCGCCACCCACAAGCCCCUCCAGCCCGCUCCUCCUCCAGCCGGCUCGCCGGAGGAGGAGGAGAUCGUCACGGCCGUCACGCCAGGACACGAGGCGUUCUGCACCGACGACGUGCCCAUGGCGCACCUCCUAGACGACAUCGUGUUUUCAGGUGACGUGGCCGGCGCCCAGCCCGCUCCCAGCGACGGCGUCACCACGGCUUAUUCGCCUGACCAGUCUCCCUCCGCCGCAUCCUCGUCGUCCUACUCCACCUCGGCGGCAGCAUCGAGCAGCGGCAGCGGCAGUGUCGACGGUGACGACUGGCCUGAUUUGCCGCUGAUGAUGGACUGGCCGGAGUCGAUGUGGCACCUGGAGGACGUGGUAACGGGGCGAACGCCAUGGGAGUUCGAGGACCCCUUCCUGACGUACCAGACGAUCGCGCUGUUCGAUCAUCAGGAAACUUGGACCAACAGCAAGAUCGAGCUCUUCUGAGAAUUGGUCGUUCUUUGCAGCUAAAAAUACUAAUCGACAUGCGUACACGUUAUAUAUGUUCCUGAAAAAAUACAGUAGCUUUAUUUGCACAUUCACCGCUGGUGCAUUUGCCGGUUAGAAAUAGAAAAAAUCAGAGGUACAAUUCGUUUAAAAAUAGAAAAGGAAAUGAAGUGGUGGUUGUGUGAGAGUAUGUCACCCUCUUUCUUUCUUUCUUUUUCUCUCUGUUCUCAUGUGUUGGACAUGCACAUGUACGUCCAACGUCUUGUGCAGAAUGUAAGCAUAGAGAAUCUGGAUAAUGAAAUGGGAGAAAACGAUCACUUUUCUACUG